UUUCGCCCAGUCCUAUCGAGCGUGUACUACAGUUCGUUUUCCCGGUAUCGAUUCGUUACGAGGAGUGUUUUCUGAAAUUAAACGGUAUUUCACCUACGCGAAUUCCAUCUUCAACUGCAGUUUUUGUUUUUCUCUCUUCUCAAGAACAAAGAUGUUGUCCACGCGUGCUUUCGUUGCUGCUUGCCUGGCAUCAUCCGCCCAGGCGGUUCGGAUGAUGGCGAUGCCAGACCCUCUCUCUAUCUUACCGCCCGGUGUUGCUGGAGGUAUUGCUGCGGCGGUUUCGGACGACACACCGUACAUCCUGAAUUUGAUGCCGCCAACGGAGGACGGUGCGGCUAUGAACGGCCUCAUAGAUUCUUUUGCGGCGAUCGAGAAAUCUCACGAACAAGCGAUUGAGGCGCAGGCAGUUGCCGACAAGCAGCGUCUUCUCGCCGCCGAGCUUCAGAAGGUUCAUUCUAUUUGCGCAGCGGCAAAGCGCAAGAGCUUUCUUUCUGCAUACGCGACACUUGCUCCUAAGGCGGACCAUUCUUUCGUGCUUCACGCGCCAGCAGAGUCGGCCGCGGAUAUUACUGGCGCCGCCAAUUCGAUCAUGAAAGUUGAGACGGCGAUUGCGCAGGAAGCGGAAGCUGGCGCUGCAGCUAUGAAGAAAGCACUGCUGGCACACGAAAUCGCAGCUAUCAGCUCGAUCGUGCGUGGCGCCUUUCACUAGGUCUUUGAACUGGUUCCCCGUUGAUUAUAUCGACCAGUAAAAACGAAGAUGCUUCUGUUCUUGUGUUCUGUCCGGCUAGACAGCGGCCUCGUAAUGUCAUCGUUCUUUUGUCGUUGGAAGUGCGGAGGCUGACUUUUUUGCUUUUUCGUCAAUACGAAGAUAAUGUCUCACCAAUGAAUUAGCAGAUUUUUUCUUCGUCAAGCAAGAGGUAAAAUUCUUUCAACGAAGAUGACGUGCAAAGCUGUUAUCAUCUCCCUGGUCGCAGGUGUCGCGGCUCUCGAACCUUUCGUCCCGCCAAUCGCCGUCCAGGAUGUGAUGCAGGCCAGUCUUCCUGGGGUGAUCGACAUCCAUUACGAUGUCCCAGCUGGCUUUGAGGCGAGCAAGGGCGCAUCAGACGCCGAUGCUGCGGCCCGAUCUACAUUGUACGAACGCACGUCUUUCUUGAAGAAAGGCACGACUGAUGUCUACUUCGAGAAGCCGGCGUCUGCCGCGGCGCUCGAGCAGAGUUACCAGGCCAUCCUGUCCCAAGUGAAGUCCAAUAUCAAGGCGAAGUUCUACGCUAUGUCGGGUGCGUCGUUUCUAGCGACCUCCCCAUCCGUUAAUGUUUUUGUGGGAGAAGGAAAGGGCAUGACUGUUGAUAUGGCGCGUCUGUCCAUGGACGCGUACGCGUACGCGGGCCAACUUAUGGCGGGUCUCGAGACUCGUUCAAGUUUUCUGGCUGGCGACGAUGUGCCGCACCCUCUUCCCGUGCUGAACAUUGACGUGACAACGCCGGCUUUCGUUUCCUCCGAGGCAACGACACUGGCCCAGACACACGCUGCGACAGUUGCAAGGCUGCAAAGUGAGCUGAGCGGCUUGAGCCAUUAGAAAGAUUCAUUGAGAGUGUGAUGUGUAUGUACUUCUGACAGCUGAAAGGUUUGAAUGCUAGACACAUCAUGAGAAAGUACAACUCGGACGAUAACUCUCACUUUGACUGAUGAUGCGGCAUCUCUUUCCUUGUCAGUCCCUAAGGAGGACAUGUUCGCUGCAUUUAAUUGUGUGAAAAUGGCAGAGAAAAAAUAGAGUGCUUGCAAUCACAGACCGAGAUAUCGCACGAACAAGAAGCUUAACGCAGCGGCUAAGGUCUGACCAAUGUCAACUGAAACAAUGAUAAUGAUGGCGUUGAGAC